GCUAAUUGAAUUCUGGGACAGCGAAACUUCUGCGACUUUGGAUUUUGCAUGAAGCAACCUGCAAAACCCUAAACCCUCAUUCUCUUUCUCUUUGAGCACAUAGAUGAGAUGAGGAAGAAGCUUCUGAUCGCAACCACAAAAGGCCUCUCCUUACGCGCCAAUCGCAACAUCAUUCCCAAACCCAACCACUCAGUAUCCUUUGAAGUAUGCUAUUCUGUGGAUCCAAUUAAAGUCCACAGGCAUGGGUGGUCACAUGCUGCUACUGUCCCUUCUGAGGCACCGGAUGUCCAGAAAGGCCCAAAAAGGGUUCCAAGACAUGAAAGAAGAGCUAUGGUGGAGACUUUUGUGAACAAGUAUAGAGCAGAGAAUGCUGGGAAAUUCCCUUCAAUAUCAGAUGCCCAGAGACAAGUUGGUGGCAGUUUUUAUGUUGUCCGGGAUAUCAUGCUGGAAUUAGAAUACAAGUCUAGAACACAUUCUUCAAAUAGUGUGGAUGAGACUUUGGUGGAAAAACAAUUUGAUGACAGUAAACACCCUACCACCAAGUCUGCGAGUGUUUCAUCUGGUAAUAUUGAAAUUGCAAAAUACAACUCUAUCCAAUAUGGUUCUCAAUCUGUAGAUUUGAAUGACAAGGAGAGUGUGAACGCUGGAUAUGAGCAUCAUGAAGGAAAGAGAGAGACACGUAUUUCCUGUGGGGAGAGGAGGUUAUUUGAAGAAGUAGAAAUCAUGUCUACAUCAAAUAAUCAUUGCAUUGCACCUGAAAGUAAUCUUGUGAAAAUGUGUUCUAAGGAACCUUACCCAUCAAGUCUCCAUAUGCCAAAUGAUAUCAAGACAAAGGAAGCUGUCCCUAGUUGUUCUGAUUCUUUUGCACCUGAAAGUCAGCUGCUACUAGAGGAAAGUGAUCAUUUUUCUCCUUUGUCUAGUCAAAAUGAUGGUACUGGUUACGAUAGAGCUCGGGGACACAAAUAUGACUCUGUUCAUGUAGAAAAUCAUCAAAAAUUGGAUGAAAAAUGCAUUAAGAAAGCAGAUUGUGAGAGAAGGGAGCAACUUGAUUCGGAAGACCUGUCUAGAGAGCUUCCCCGUUCAAGUUUCCAGCUGCCAAAUGAUGUGAAGUGUGGUGAAGAUUUAUCUAGUUCUUCUGAUUCUGUUACCCUAGAAAGGCACCCACUAAAAGAAGAAAUAAAACAAUUUUCUGCUCCUUUUAUUGAAAAAUCUGUAAGCAGUUGCAGCGAAGGUAAGAACCAUGAUUCUAAGUUUGUUGAUAUGGAAAACCAUUCAGCAUUUGAGAAAGCAGGGUAUGAGACAAAAGACAAAGACGCUGUCGAUGGUUCAAAGCUUGAAAUAGAGCAACCUCAAAGGUCUUCAGAGUUGGAUGAGUACAAAAUGGACAGCCGUAAUAGCAAGGAUAACAAUGUUGCAGUCUAUUCAGAAAAAUCAACUUUGUGGGGAAAUGUAAAGUCAUUUGCUAAUGGCAUCUUAAAUAUCUGGAAAAAAUUGUGAAGCUUGAUGAAAUUGUAUAGUGCAAGUUGCAAGGAUCUUAAUCUUACUGUGCAUCUUAGACGGUAUGCAUAGGAUUCAUGGGAUUUCUAACUCUUUUUAUGUACCUGCAAAUUCUAUUC